AUGGUGCAUCGGUUUCGCGGCCUCGCACAACUGCCCGACCCCAAUGGGGCACGAAUGGCCUGGAUCCAGGAUAUUAUGCUCCUGGAUUACGACGACUUCCUGAAGGUCGAGAUACUCCAGGCUCUGCUUCGCUACAUUCAGAGUCAAAGCCUCCUUCGAGGAGUGGCGAUGGCUGCCCUUGGGCGAGUGGUCAGAGAAGACUUCCCGGAGGCCGCUUACGGGAAGUGGGUCGCGCUUCUCAAGGCCAUUGCGGAGCAGGAUCGAGAUGACCUGGCACUGGCGGCGCGCAAGCACAUGGCCGUCUAUGCGCCUCACUUGCCGCUGCAGGAGGUUCAGAUCGUGGCAGGGACCAUCAUCAAGAUCGGGGGUCGGAACGACAUCAUCAGUGUCACUGAAGAGGUUUCUGAUGUCUCCAGGGCUGCCAUGUCCCAUGACAGCCAUGUAGCGAUUCAUAGACACUUUUACGGGCGGCAAAGCAACACUAAGUCACCCAUUCUGGGCAAUUCUGGUGCUGGCUUCAAUUUCUUCCGAGUUCUGACACCAGACUUCACCAUCGCACGACGACAGCCCGUGGCAGGCGCAACAAACAUCCAGUGGGAGCGCAACAGGCCGGCCCCUGUCUGCAGUGUCAGUUGGGCAAUUGCAAUGUUCACCUGGUCUGGAGAGGUGGCAUAUUGUGUCCACUUUUUAUUGCCAUCCGCCUCCGCGGACUUGCUGCACCACCUUCGCGACUCUGACACUUCUGGCAGCAGCACUGGCAAGAGGAGCAACUCCGCGUGGUUCAUCGACAGCUCCAAGAAGGUUUUCAGGACAAUGAUCGUGCCCAAGCACCCUGGAGCCGCUUAUUUGCAGUACGCGUGUCAGGGUCGGGAGGCCAGUGCUGGCUGCUAUGGCGACUACGGCCGCAACUGGUCGUGUCAGGGCCAGUACCAGGAUGAUUCUGACAACUACUCUGACAACAAUGGUCAGGGACAGUACCACGAUGAUUCUGGCAACUACUCUUACAACCAUGGUCCUGGCCAAGCACCCCAGAGUCAGGGCCAGUACCAGGAUUAUUCUGGCAACUACUCUUACAACAAAGGCCCUGCCCAAGCACCCCAGAGUCAGGAUCAGGACUGUGGCAGGGCACACCAGCGCCUCUUUUUUGCAUUGCGUCAGGAGCAUGGUCGUGGCCAAGCAGCCCCGAGUCAGGAUCAGGACUAUGCUCGUGCCGAGAACUUGGCCGAAGUCAGGAGGAUGGUCGUGCCGAAGCACCCCGGUCAGGAGCAAGACCGCCUGCCAGGCGUCAGAGAACCCCGCGUGGAAGACCUCACGACGGUGACGGAAAUGGCGCGCGAUAUGGGCUUAUCGGAGCCCGUGUGCCGCGGGGUGAUGGGCCUGCUCCGGUUUGGCCGGGGUGGGGCAGAUCCGACGAUUGGCCUGCAGGCCCGGCACCAAAAUCCGGGCCAGCGCCUGGACGCAUGGAUGCUGGCACGAAUCCACCGGGACUCCCGGAUGCUUCAAGAUCGUGCACCUGCGUCUGAGGCCAAGGCAAAGGCCUUGGCCACGGCCUCUCCGCCUCCCCUGUCAAAGGCCAAGGGCAAAGCGCAGCCAAAGGCUGCUGAUCAAGAUGCGGGUGCUUUUCCCAAAGCUCCCCCAGCCGCUAAAGCAGAGUCAGUGCCGAAGUCCCCGCCUGCAAAAACAGAGUCAAUGCCGAAGCCCAAGCCUGCUGAAGCAGAGUCAGUGCCGAAGCCCCCGCCUGCUAAAGCACCAGCAGAGGUAGACCAGGUAGAGCCUGCAGAGCCAGAGCCAGUGCCGAAGAAGAAAGCAACAUUCAAGGCUCCCCCGCCCGACCUCUGA